AUGUACAAUCCAUGGGUAGACAAUCCUAAAGAAAGAACUGAUUUACGCGUGGAUAGAGAAAGGUCGCACUCACAUUCACAUCACUCAAGCAAAUCAUCACCUCAAAACCAUGGAAAAUCAUCAUCUCAUCAAAAUGGGGGCAAUAAAGAUAAUAAAGAUAGAGAUAAUAAAGAUAAUUACUCACCAUCUGCAUCUUCAUAUGAACCAACAUCUUUUUUAUUACCACCUGCUUCACUUUCAUCAACAUCACCACCAUUAUCACCAAUUCAUCAAACAGUAGUUAAUUCUAGUGUUGGAUCAUUUUCUCAAAUAUCAUCUAGUACAGCACCAACAUCAAAUUCUCUAACUAUACCAAAUCUAUCAUCUUCAUCCUCAUCAUCAUCAUCAUCAAAUAAUAAUAAUAAUUCAACCUCAUCAACAAAACUAUCACCCCAUAGUAAUAAAAAUUCGUCAAUAUCCUUAAAUAUUAGUAAUAAUAAUAACAAUACCCCAGAUGAUUAUAAAAAAGAGAAAAAGAAAAAUAAAAAAAAGAAUAAACAAAAUGGUGUAAAUAGUAAUAGUAAUAAUACAAACAGUUCAAAUAAUAGCACAGGUAGUAUUGGUAGUAAUAAUAUAAUAAAUAUAAAUAACUCAAAUAAUAAUAUACCGGUUUUGUCAUCAACUUCAUCAUCUCCAAAUUCAUCAACAAAUAGUUUAUCGAAUAAUAUAAAUUGUAAUAAUAACAACACUAAUAAUACGAAUAGUAGCACAAAUCAUCAUAUUGUGCCAUUAUUAAACUUACCAGGUAGUUCAUCGAACCAAUCAACAGGUCAAUUAUCAUCAUGUGAAAGAGGUCAAUCAUCUUCCCGUGUUUAUGCACAAUCUCCAUCAUCCUCAUCGAAUAUUAACCAAUUGACAACCCUAUUAGAAAAAAAUAAAGUUGGUUUUGAUGAUCUUUCUGAAAUUAAAGAUUUAGAUGAGGAUUCAAUUUUAAAUUGUUUACAAUCAAGAUAUAAAAAGGAUCUUAUUUAUACAUUUAUUGGCCCCAUUUUGGUUACCAUUAAUCCGUAUAAACGUCUACCAUAUUUACAUUCACAAGAAUUACUUAGAGUAUAUAAUCAAAAGAGAGGCCUACCACCUCACUUAUUUGCAAUUGCAGAAAGAGCUGUUUGUGAUAUGCAAGAUUUUAAAAGAGAUCAAUUAAUAUUUUUAGCUGGUGAAACUGGUAGUGGGAAAUCAGAAAGUACCAAGGUUUUAAUUCAAUAUUUUUUAACAACUGAUUUAUCUCGUAAUAAAUACUUAAAAGACUAUAUUAUAGAGGCAGGGAUUAUUUUAGAAUCGUUUGGCCAUUGUUUGACUGAUUCAAAUAAUAAUAGCUCAAGAUGGGGUAGAUAUUUCGAACUGUAUUAUAACCAUUAUGGUGAAAUUAAAGGUGCCAAACUUUAUAGCUGUGAAAGAAAUUAUCAUGUUUUUUAUCAAUUAUUCCGAGGUAUUUCAGAUGAAGAAAGGCAAUCGUAUCAUCUUGGUGAUCUCAACUCGUAUCACUAUUUAAAUCAAGGUGGUAAUAUUUCUGAUAAUUUAGAGGAUGCAAAGAAAUAUGAUAGAUUAAAAACCGCUUUUGAUUUCUUUGAAUUUCCAAGUGAAAAGGUUGAUUUGAUUUUUAGGAUAAUUUCAUUUAUAACAAUUCUUGGUAAUGUAAAUUUUUUUCAAAAAAGUGGUAAAAUUGAAUUUAAAGACAAGUCAUUAAUUGAAAGUUUAUCACAUAAUAUUAAAAUAGAUGUAAAUAAACUUGAUAGUAUUUUAAUAUUAGAUAGAUAUAUGUCCGUUAGUGACGCCAUGGAGCAUAGGGACUCACUGGCCAAAUCAAUAUAUUCAGCAUUGUUCCAUUGGAUAAUUGACUUUUUAAAUACAAAAUUAAAGCCAGAUUCAACUGAAGAACUUCAUUUUAUUGGAAUUUUAGAUCUUUUUGGUCAAGAAGGUGUACCAUUACACAGUUAUGAACAGUUUUCAAUUAAUUUUCUUGAAGAUAAAUUACAGCAAAUAUAUUUAAAUACCGUUUUAAAAGAUGAACAAAAAGAGUAUAUAUCAGAAAGAAUUCCAUGGGCCCAACCAAUCACAUUCAAAGAAAACUAUGAUCAAGUGGAAAUGAUGGAAAAGAUUAUUAGUCUAUUAGAUCAAGAAAGCAAGAAUAUCAAUUCAAAUGACACAAUCUUUUUGGAUAAAUUGAAUAACUUUUUAACUGGUCAUCGUCAAUACUUUAGAAAGCCAUCAAAGUUUGGUAUCGAACAUUUCUUUGGAACCUUCUAUUAUGAUGUCAAGGGUUUUAUUGUUAAAAAUCGUGAUGAAAUCCUUCAACGUAAUACUAUACUUAUUAAGAAUGUAAUUACAAAGCUACUUUUCUAUAAGGAUGGCCAAUUCAACUCAAACUUUUCUCCAGAAAUUGCAAAUUUAAUGAAUGAUCCAAGACAUCACUCAAAAAAAUCACCUUUAUCAAUUAUUAAGACUAUUCCUGCUCUUAAUCAGUGUGGCCUUCAUUUUAUACGUUGUAUUAGACCAAAUUAUAAAAAUUCACCACUCACAUUCGACUCUAAACUGGUUAAUGAACAAAUCAAAACUCUUUCAUUAUUGGAAACUUGCAAAAUUCAAAGAUUUGGUUUUACUACCCAUUACGAAAUAAAAUUAUUUUUUGAACGUUUUUCUUUCUUUUUUAGAGGCCAACGUCCAAAUUUUCAAAUUCUUUUCGAUAAGCUCAAAGAAAAUGAUAUCAAUUUCGAAAGUAUUCUCCAUCCACCACUCCACUUGGGGAAUAAUAAAGUGUUCUUACGUAAUACCCUUGGUACACUCUUAGAGAGUGAAUUACAAAAGAGAAGGGUUCAUAGUGCAUUCGUUAUUCAAAGCACUUGGAGAAUGUAUCAAACUAGAAAGAAGUUCCUAGAAAUGAAAUCUGCUAUCAUUGUUAUCCAAAGACAAUCAAAGAAAUACCUUUCACAAAAAAGUUAUCAUUCAAUUAAACAAGCCACUAUUAUUUUGGAAUCAUUCUCUAGAAUGGUUAUUUGUAGAGCUCCAUAUCUUCGUUUAAAAGAGUCGGCUAUUGCCCUUCAAACUCAUCUAAGAUCAUCGUUAUCAAAAGACUAUACCCAAAAAUUAAUCGAAAAACAAAACAAUCCAUUGAUACCAACUCCAGUUUUGCCAUUGUCUUUAGAAAUCAAUAUAUCACCAAGUCCAACUCCACCAAUAUCACCAUUACCCUAUUAUCCAAUAUUAAAAGCUUCAAAUAAUACCAAUACCAUAAAUAAUGAACAACAACAACAACAAAAUAAUCACCAACAACCACUUCCACCUCUUCAUCAUCCACCACAUCAUACUACAUCCAAAAGACAUAUCAAAAAUUCAUUAUCAUCCCAACAACAUCAACAACAACAACUAUCAUCUUCCCAAGAGAGUGAAAAAACCAAAAAUAUUCGAGUUCCACCAUUACAAAUUUCAGGUACAAGUUUAAAUCUUAGUAGUCUUAAUAAUAAUAUUAAUAAUAAUAGCAACAGUAACAGCAGUACUCCAAACAGACCCAAAGAUGUUAUAUCACCAAUUAUUUCACCCUCUGUGUCAGACCAACAACCACAUCACCAACCUUUACAACAUCCAUCAACAACAACCCAUCACUCACCAAUAACCUCACCACCAAUUUCACCAAGAUUAGAGUCACCAAGAAAAGGAAAAGAAAAAGACCCAUCUCUUUCUACUCCAACCACAAGCCAUGGUAAACAUGUUUUCAGUUUGAAUUUAGAUAAAGCUUCACCAUUUAAUUUUAUUGCUGAAAGUGCUAAAUCAAUUAAAUCAACCAUUACUGGUAGCAAUACAUCAAAACUAAUACCCUCACCCAGAUUCAAUUCUGAAAAUAACAACAAUAAUAACAACAAUAUCCCAAGCAACAGCAAGAAUGAUAAAUACCUAUCACUAAGCAUUCCAGGCUUAUUAAUUUCACCAACAUCUCCAUCAAUCUCUAACUCUCUAAGUACAAAUAAUAGUAUUUCUGGCCAUGGUUUCCCAUCAAUUUCAAGUAUUAAUAAUACAAGCCCUGGUUUUCAACAACCAACCUCUUCAUCCUCUUCAUUUUCAAGUCAACAUCGUUAUUCACUAAAUUUAGAUAGGAGAAAGAGUACAAAUCAACUUCUAUAUUCAAAUCAAAAAGAACAUAUCAAAGAGAAAGAAAAAGAAAAAGAAAGAGAAAAAGAAAGGGAAAAGGAAAGAGAAAAGGAAAAAGAAAGGGAAAAAGAACGAGAGAAAGAAAAGGAAAAAGAGAAAGAAAGAGAAAAAGAAAGAGAAAAAGAAAGGGAAAAAGAGAGAGAAAGAGAAAGAGAAAAAGAAAAAGAGAGAGAAAAAGAAAGAGAAAAAGAAAGAGAAAGGGAGGAAAUAAAUAGAUCAGUACCAUUAUCACCAAGAUCACCAAGAACUACUAUUGGUAGCUAUCCUUCAUUUAUUGGACAUACCCCAACCUCUUUGUUUACUCCUUCUGGUAGUUCUAAAGCUGGUGCUUUAAUUGGUCCACCAAGCUUUUUCACACAAAAAGAAGGUACUACUCCAAUACUUCCAAUUUAUCUUCCAUCAUAUUUCAGCUUUUUGAAGAAAGAGUCCAAUCCAGUCUUAACUACACCACGUAGAAGAAGCAAAUCAUUUUUAAUUAAACCCAAUGAUACAGAAGAGUUUUCAAUGUUGGAGUAUGCCAAACUUCACUUUGAAUUAAAAUCAAAGAAAUCUUUAAUUAGAAAGAAACAAAUCUCAUAUGAAUCUUUAAUUAGCUAUGGCAAGAAGCUUUACUAUCCACUACACAAAUUGGAUGUCGAACCAUCAUUACAAAACAACCCAUCUCAUUUGGCUCACUUGGAAAAAAUUUCGUUGGAGGUGUUUAACUUUAUUCUUCAGUUCAUGGGCGAUUUGGAAAGAAAGAAAUCAAUAAACUAUAUAGGAAGUCAUAUAGUUCGUCAAGGUAUUCUCUAUCCAGAAAUUCGUGAUGAAAUUUAUUGUCAAAUUAUCAAACAACUUACAAACUAUCCAGGCAAGCGUGAAAAUCGCAUUAAAGGCUGGGAAUUACUUUUAACUGUUUGUGGCUGUUUUGCCCCAAAACCACGUUUAUUAAAAUAUAUAUCAAGCUAUCUUUAUUCUCACCACAACAAUUCAAAUGAAGAUGAUGAUCUUUCCCUGGUUUGUUUCAACCGCCUAGAGGUUAUUAUUCAAAAUGGCCCAAGAUCAAUGCCACCAAUCGACACAGAGUUUGAAGCUACUCGCAGACGGAUGCCACUAAAAGUAUUUUUCCUUUUCCCUGAUGAUGUGGGUGAGGGUGUAGAGGUUGACUCAACAACUACUUGUGGCGAUAUUACCGACCGUUUAGUUAAAGUUGCUGGUUUAAAAUCCGAUGCUUUUAUUUGGUCUGUUUAUGAAGUUAUAAAGAAUAAAGAACGUUCAGUUAGCUAUAGCGAAUAUGUUCUUGAUAUUGUCAGCAAAUGGGAAAACUAUUAUCAGUCAGUAAACCACUAUAACACUCUCAGUCCACACGAAUCUCUUCAUAUGGAUGCAUUCCAAUUUUACUUUAAGAUUCAACUAUUCGUUAAACCUGAAGUGGUUCCAAAUGAAUUCGAAAGUGGUUUCUUCUUCCACCAAAUUAUCAUGGCCAUUACAAAAGGACAUUUCCCCGUUACCGAAAGUGAGGUAGUUAUCCUAUCAGUUCUUCGUCUUCAAUAUGAUAUCACAACCAACAAUCAUCCAAAAUCAGCAUUAGAAAUGUGGCAACGUUAUAUUCCCCAAAACUAUCUAUCUUUAUAUUCUGCAAAAGAUUGGAGUGAUAGAAUCCAAAGCAAAUUUUUCGAACUUCAUCCAUACUUUAGCUUUAUUCAAACAAAAUGUAAAGAUAUCUUUGAAUAUAAAGAAGAUGUAAAACAAGUAAUUAUUUCCUAUGUUAUGUCUCUUCCUUUCUUUGGUAAAACUGUAUUUUUGAAUUGUACACAAGGUCAAUGGAGUGAAAUCGAAACUGGUGCUAUGGAGGGUUUCAGUGUAAUCGUCGAUGCAAAUGGUGCUCAUAUUGUUCUAAAAGAAUCAAUCCCAGGUCAACUUAUUUCAACCAACCAAGGUACUCAAAUCACAUCAAUCUCGAUUGAUAAAACCAUUAAUCCCCAAACUCUACAAUUACAACUACAACAAUAUCAACAACAAUAUCAACAAUAUCAACAACAACUUCAGCAACUACAUGCAUUACAACAACAAAUUCAACAACAACAACAACAAUAUCAACAAUUUCAACAACAGCAACAACAACAACAAUUACCACCACUUCAACUUCAAAAUGAUACCUAUAUUAGCAUGAUGAAUAUGAUGAAUGUUAAUAUGAAUAUGGGUAUGAUAAAUUUAAAUCUAAAUACUACUCCAAGAGAUGAUAAAAAAGAAAAUAGCAAUGUAUUAGAUGAUAAUUCUGUAAAUAAUAAAUUAAAUGUAGAUAGUAAAACUAUUAUCUCACAACCUGAUAAUAAUUCUUCCAACAAUAUAAAUAUAAAUAGUAACAAUAGUAACAAUAUUAAUAAUAGUAACAAUAGUAAUAUAAAUAAUUCAAAUAUAAUAAAUAUUAGAAAAUCAGAAGGUAAUGAAAGAACAAAUCGUUUAACUGUAAUCAUUAAUGAAAACAAUAGUAUUCCUGCCGAAAAUAACAAUGUUAUAUUAAUGAGCGAUCCAUCAUUAAAUAGUAAUAAUAUCAAUAGUAAUAAUAAUAUCAAUAAUAUCAAUAAUAAUAUGAAUAAUAGUAUCAAUAAUAUCAAUAAUCAAAACAUAAUUAGUAGUGGCCUAGUAUCUCCAAAAUCAAUGCCAUUUGGAUCAUUCUCAUCACCAACAAAGAGAGGAGUUGGUUCACAAGUUAAUCUACCAUUAAUUAGCAGCGAUGAUUUCGAUUCCGAUUAUGAACAAAUUGGCAAACCAAAAGAUACAUUUAAACCAUUAAAAUCAUUCCACUAUUCCAAAGUUUUAAGUUGUGAAAGUGACCCAGAGAAUCAACAAGUCAAUAUAAAUAUUGAUGGUGAAGAUUUAGUUAUUAAUACACCACAAUGGACAGAAGUGAUUCUUUUAAUCAAUAGCUAUAUUUAUUAUUUAUCCUCUGAAGCAACUAGUGGCACUGCAAAUAGAGAUUAUGCUUCACCAAAUGGAGCAUUCGAGUUCAAAGUUAAAGAUACUAUUACCAAUAUUAUCAGAGGUAGUGAAGGUUGGUGUACUGGUACAUUCAAUGGUUUAAGUGGCUCAUUCCCAUUAGAAUAUGUAAAUUUAAUUAUAGAAAAACGAGAGCAUAAACCAAUCACAUCUGACAAAAAAGCCAAAGAGAAAACUAACUCCAAUAGUAAUAAUACAAACAAUACUAUUAACAAUAAUAAUAUCGUCAAUGCCCGAAAAACAUCACAAUCUGUUCAUCCAUCUCAACAACUUUUUGUUCAACAGAGAUUACAAUUAGAGCAACAAUUAAUACAACAACAAAAUCAAUUGCAGAACUUAUUACAACAACAAAUUCAACAUCAACUCAAACAACAACAACUACAACAGCAACAAAUUCAACAGCAACAGCAACAGCAACAGCAACUACAACUACAACAACAACAGCAACAACUACAACAACAACAGCAACAACUACAACAGCAACAACAGCAGCAACAACCAUCACACAGGGGAUCAGUUUCAAGACCACAACGUAAACCAAAAGAAAAGAAGAAAACCUCAGUUAGUAAAGGUUUUGAACCAGAGUUUUUUACCAAGUUUGUUGAAUCUGGCUCCAAACAUCCAUUAAUGCCAUAUGCAGUCAAUAGAUUCCGUUCAUUAACAGUUUUUAAAUUAGGAGAUGCCCUCAGACAUACAGGCACCCCACCCGAGCAAUCAAGUGUAUUUAUUACUGAUGUUAACACUGAAGACUAUGAUAUCUUUUUAAAUAUUAUGAAAUAUAUGGGCGACUAUCCACUUUUCCCAAGAGAUAGAAAAACUCGUUUACUUCAAACUAUUAUUCAACGUGCUAUCGACAAACCAUCACUUCGUGACGAAGUUUAUUUCUUUUUAUGUCGUCAACUAACACCAAACAAUCAAACCCAAGCUCCAAUUCCAAACUCAGCCCGUAAAGGUAUGGUAUUAUUUAGUUUAUGUGCUGGUUGCUUCCCAUGCUCCGCUGAAUUGUUCCCUUAUCUCAGAGAAUUCCUUACCCAAACCCAAAACAUAUUUUCUGCUUCGUGUAUUAAGAAAUUAGAAAGUACUUCUCUCAAAGGUCCACGUACUAAUGCACCAUCAAAGAAAGAAAUUUUAGCUGUUAAAGAACACCGUAAUAUUGUAAUUAGAGUUCAUUUAGCAAAUGGUCCAGUAAGAACAGUUGAAGUUAACUCCUCCACCACCGCCUUAGAAUCAUUAAAGACAAUUGUGGAUAUUCAAGACUUUGUUUUAUGGAGAGAAUUUGCAAUUUUUAAAGAUUGGAGCGGUGAAGAAAUAUCUCUUAAAGAUAAUGAAAAGCUUUGUGAUAUUCUCAAAGAGUUUGAAGAUAAAGAAAAGAGACAACGUAAAACAGACCAGACCGUUAUCAAUGGCAGAUUUGUAUUACUUAGAAAGAUUUGGAUCCCACACAUUUCUCAAACAAUGAGUAACACAAUGUUAGAAUUAAUGUUUUAUCAAUAUGUUCACGAUGUUUUAGGUGGAAGAAUACCAGGACUUACUAUUGAUGUCUCUUUAGAGUUGGCAGCUCUUCAGUUACAAGCCCAAGAAGGUGAUUACAAUGCUCAGCAACCAAUCAUUUCCGAAGAUACAGUUGAACUAUGUAUUCCUGCUACUCUUUUAGACCGAAAAGGACUUUCACAAUGGGUUAUUGAAAUUAACGAAGCUCAUAGUGAUUUGGCUGACCAAGCAAUUACCCCAGAAUUGGCCCUUUCAAUGUAUCUCCAAAAAGCAUCAAGCCUCCCAUACGCUGGAUCAACUUGGUUCUGCAUCGAUACUAGACGUCGUAAUCCAAACAAUAACUCACAAAACAACACUAACACUACCAUUUGGAUCGGUAUUAAUCAAAACUUUAUGGUCUUUUUUAAUCAUGCAAUGGAAAAUGAAAUCGAAAGAUUUGAUCUAGAUGAAGUUUCAGGUUUUACCUACAGAGAGGAUUCAUUCUCUUUUCUUAUUGGUGAUCUCAUUAAUCCAACUAGAAAACUAUUUUUCACAACUCAAGGUGAAGAUAUCAACGAAAUCUAUCAAACAUUCAAAUCACUUCCAAAGAUUGAUUUAGUUGAAAUCGAAAGAAGAAACGAAAGAAAGAAAGAAAGAAAAGAAAAAGAGAAGAGAAAAGCUUUAAAACAACAACAACUACUACAACAGCAAGAAGAACAAGAUGAUCAAGAUGAUUAUUAA